GUCAGCUGAAGCUUACUCAUCCUCAGUUUUGAGGACGCUCCCAUAAUUAUUAGAGUAUUAGAGUGAUUAGACAUUAUAUCGGCGCACAGACCAUCAGCCGUUCCCCAGUCCCCACCAUCGAGACCUCACUCAGGCUGUAGUGGACACUGGGGCAGUUCCAGUCUCUAAUACCAGACAGACUCUACUUGAACUUCUCUACUAAAAAUACCACAGACACUCUCUAUCAUGCUUAUUGAUUUCAUGGAAUGUCUGUCUAAGUGCUAAAGAAGGCUGAGGCACCAUGGCGAUAAGCCAGAAAGACGAUGGCAAGCGAAAGGCGGAUGAUGUAGACAUUUUAGAUGCCCCAAGUCCAUCGAAGAGACUGCGAUCAUCGCCCAGCGAAGACCUUCCCGAUGGACAGCCGAUCGAUCCCCCGCCACCCAAGCCGGUCCCAUUCCCCGAAAAGCCGGCUGUCAUCGAAGAACGGAAUGGCGAUAUCGAAUUUCGCGUUGUCAACAACGACAACACCCGCGAAAGCAGUAUCAUCAUGACCGGCCUCAAAUGCAUCUUCCAGAAACAGCUUCCCAAGAUGCCGAAAGACUACAUCGCGCGGCUUGUAUACGACCGAACGCAUGUAUCCAUGGCGAUUGUAAAGAAGCCACUGGAAGUCGUAGGGGGCAUCACAUACCGGCCCUUCAAAGGGCGGCAGUUCGCCGAAAUCGUCUUCUGCGCCAUCUCCACCGACCAACAAGUGAAAGGCUACGGCGCGCACCUGAUGUCUCAUCUCAAAGACUACGUCAAGGCGACCUCGGACGUCAUGCACUUCCUCACCUACGCCGACAACUACGCCAUCGGCUACUUCAAGAAACAAGGCUUCACCAAAGAAAUUACCCUCGAGAAGCCUCGCUGGAUGGGCUACAUCAAAGACUAUGAAGGCGGCACCAUCAUGCAAUGCUCUAUGGUCCCGAAGAUCCGGUACCUCGAAUCCGGGCGCAUGCUUCUCAAGCAGAAGGAAUGCGUCAGCGCGAAGAUCCGCGCCCUCUCCAAGUCCCACCACAUCCACCUGCCGCCGAAAGAAUGGAAAAACGGCGUCAAGUCGAUCGACCCGCAGUCAAUCCCGGCCAUCAAGGAGUCCGGCUGGUCGGAAGACAUGGACGCGCUGGCCCGCGCGCCGCGGCACGGGCCGAACUAUAACAUGCUGCUGCACCUGCUGAACGACAUGGUGAACAACACGCAUAGCUGGCCGUUCCAACAGCCCGUCAACAAGGACGACGUGGCGGACUACUACGAGGUGAUCAAGGAGCCGAUGGACCUGGCGACCAUGGAGGAGAAGCACGAGAAGGAUAUGUAUCCGAACCCGGACGACUUCAUCAAGGACUCGAAGUUGAUCUUCGACAAUUGUCGGAAGUAUAAUAACGAGAGCACACCGUAUGCGAAGGCGGCGACGCGGCUGGAGAAGUUCAUGUGGCAGAAGAUCAAGGAAGUGCCGGAGUGGUCGCAUCUUGAACCGGAGCAAUUCAAAUGACCGAGGGGUGUCGAAUUUGGGUCGUGUUCAUGCCAAUGGUUGCCGUUCAGACUCGGGCGUGAAAUUCGCGUCAUCUUGGCAUGUAUGGAUAAAGUGCGACAUGGCUUGGAGUUUGGUUGAUAAUGAUACCCACGCACGGAUGUAGGUUAGGUCGAGCACUUCAUGAAGAAAAAAUGGUAGCACUUCAUGCAAUAGUCUGCAAUUCAAGCGUUGCGCUUGAAUGGA